CCUCCCUUCCCCUCCUCCUUCGCCCCCCAGCCUGCCGCCCUACUGCCCUCCCCCACCGCGAGUUGACCAUGGCGUCAGAAGCAGAGAAAACAUUCCAACGGUUUGCUGUCUUUGGAGACUCAUCAAGCAGUGGUACUGAAAUGAACAACAAGAACUUCUCCAAGCUGUGCAAAGACUGUGGCAUCAUGGAUGGCAAGAUGGUCACCUCUACUGAUGUGGACAUUGUGUUUAGCAAAGUCAAGAACAAGAAUGCCCGAACCAUCACAUUUGCACAGUUCCAGGAAGCAAUGAAGGAGCUGGGCCAGAAACGAUUCAAAGGGAAGAGCCCAGAUGAAGCCCUGGAGAACAUUUAUAAACUCAUGGAGGGCAAGGAUCCAGCCACCACUGGCGUUACUAAAGCAACAACGGUGGGUGGAGUGGACCGGCUGACAGACACCAGCAAGUACACUGGCUCCCACAAGGAACGUUUUGAUGAGAGUGGUAAAGGCAAGGGCCUUGCUGGACGGGAAGAGGUGAAUGACAACUCAGGCUAUGUGAGUGGCUACAAGGGUGCUGGCACCUACGAUAAGGGGAACAAGUAGAAAGGACCCUCAUCUUAGCCUGCCAGCCCCUGACCCUACACCUUCAACACGAGGUAGCAUGGGAAACAAUAAACAUCUGUGUGUGCAACAAAAAAAAAAAGGUGACCCUUCAAAUGGUUUAAUUUAGUUUGAUACGAUCAUUACAUGUAAAAUUUUUACACAUGAAAUGAAAUUCCAAGAGCAGCUCUGUUCUUGUAAAUGGUAGUGAGCUCCUUGGUUCCCUUUCACUGUUAACAAGCUGAAGCUAAAUGCCAGAAGUUCCCGUUGAACCAACCAGCAGAUACCACAAUGAAGCCCGUGUGUGAGUAGACACUUUUCUCAACCACUCGUUGUCUUUUGAUACCAAACAUACUAUUAAUCAAGUCUCCCACUUACUCCUCACAUGCCUAAGAUUGCAAGAGUUAGCACGUAUCUUUAGGAAUUACGAGUCAUUGUUAAAACUAGAUAUUUUAACCAUCAUCCCCUUAUCAACCCCAGUAUCUUGAGAUGCAUACUUACAGUGUUAUUUUUUUUUUUUUAAAUAUUACAAGAUCUGGCAAGUCCAC